CUUAAAUGAGUUAAAACUACGCUUAAAAAAGUCAAGUUAAAAUGGAUUUCCAUACAGUUCUUGCAACGGGCGGGGAAAUUAAAAUUGCAACCGCGGAGUUUGCUAAGGCUUUCCUGACAGCUGUGACCUCUGAUCCCGAAAAUUGGAUCACCCGAGUGUCCCAUAGAUUCGUGAGCCAAUGCUUUCGGCUGCUGGGCCUUAGGUUCAACGUGGACGUAGAGGCCUCCUUUUGGACGCAGAACCAUCCGUACCACAACGACAACCCCAACUAUAUUUUCAAUCCCAAUCCGAAACUGAUGAACAAUGUGCGGGCUUUUUUCAAGGAGUUACCCGUGUUAUUGUCGGUGUACACGUCCGCUUUGAAGUUGGAUGUGAAAAAUUGCCGCUUCGAUCGGCUAACCCAUCCGCUGUCCGCCUACUUCCGAGUUGUGAUCGUCUGGAUGAAGGUGGUGCACUCCAUUUGCGACAGCGUGCAGCUGGGUGGGACCACUUCUGCGAAUCGCUAUCUCUGCGAGCCCAUGGCUAGGAUGUCUUUUUACAUUUUGGAUGGACUCUCCGAAUUGCUGCCCGACUACGCUAAUUUUGACGGUCUCAAGGAGAUUUGCCUGUCUCUGGCGGUGGACGUUCGCUAUGGAAUCUUCUAUGAGGCAACUAGCGAGGUGAUUGUAACUCCCAUGCUGGACAUGUUCCAUGCGCACUACAGGACCUUCUGCGGCGCGGAGAAGUCAGCUCUUGAUUUUGUAUUCUGCCUCCUGAUCGUUGAGAUGGACAAGCCUAACGGUUACAUCGAAGCCUACGAAUUCUUGGAGACCAUGCUGAAGCAGUUCGAAACCACCAGGGAGCGGGAUCAAGACAACACUUUGUAUCUGCGUUUGUUCACCAAUGAGCUAAUCACCGAUAAAUAUAUGGCCUUGAUCUUUGAGACUCUCAAGACGAGCACUUCCCGGCGGCUGCUCUUGGCUGCCAUUAGGUAUCUAAUGACUCUUCAAAGACUCUUGGUCAGUGUCGAAUGCUUUACGAUCCGUUUUCACGAGAUCUUGCUGCAGCUUAUACUGCGAACUCCACUUUCUUCGGGGGUUCCCAACCUGGCAGCCCAGCUCUACGUCAAGUUAUCGCGGCGCAAGUACCAGGAUAGAGAUAUAUCCCUGCACAUACUGGAAACGUAUGUCAAGACGCAGGGAAAUCUCCGCAAGAAUCCCAGCUAUGCGCAGUUCAGGGGUGAGCUGUCUAAAUAUCUGAGAGUUCUUGGCCAGCACUUUCCACAGAUAAAUCGUUUCGAGUCCUACGCAGUGGUGCUUAGUGCUCCUAAUGUGCGAAUUGAAUUGAGUCAUAUAGCUGCUCAGUGCGUAAGCAUACUUUUUGAGCGCUUUAUGGCCGAGUAUUUAACGGUUCCGGAGGCUUUUGAGCAGGUCAACAUUUUACUACGCUGUUGGCCAGGUCUUGUGAAGUCGGCAUCCCACCAAACUGGCACUCGAGCUAUACUGUAUAGUGUCUAUGGGAUGGUGGAUUUUGGGGCAGUACUUCAAAAGGAGGGAGAGCUUCUCCUAAACCUGGAGAAUUUCUGCCUGGAAAACUUCCUCAAAGAUGAGACCCUUAGCGAUUUGGAGGUCCAAGAUCUCUACAUAAAUCUCUAUCGUUCGGUGGAGAUCACGGGAAAUGAUCAAAUACACACGACAGCUGAGAAUUAUAUACAGGAGGAGCAGGCUCAAUUGAUGCCCCAAUUGAAUGCCAGCGAUGCCGAGGAAUCCCAAAUGGCCGAGCUACUGGAAACUUAUGCCUUGAGUGUUCGACGCCUGCACUCCUUGCUUAUACCCAAAAAGUUUGAUGUCCGUCAUCUGGCGGAGAUCUAUCCGACUCUGGCCAAUCUGCUGCUGGAGAAACGCGUUCAGAACAAAGAUCUAAUUUGUUAUGGCAGCGAAAGCUUGGCCACCAUGCUGGUCAUGUUGUUUAUAGAGCGUGAGGAUUCCAACGAUGAACAGGGAGUCAGGAUAUCCCUUUUGGUGCAUCAGCUCCUCGACUUUUGCUGGUCGGAACUUUCCAACUCUGGUCUGGACUUUGUGCGAGCCAAGUUUCUAUUCUGCUCGGCUCUCAUCCUGCAUAUUGGUAAUCUGCCGGACUUGAGCCUGAAUGAUGCCACAUAUGGCACGCUGUUGGACUGGUUGCUUCUGUCUCUGCGUCCUUCUCAGUCGGAGUCAUUCGUCGAGGGCUAUGUGUCUGAUAUGCAUUUCGUGUUCCGUCGAUUGUUGCAAUCGAAACAUUUGGUGUUGCCAAACAAUCGGAUUUGGAAGGUUUUGGUUCAGUAUAAAAUGACAGGAGCCCGCUUAAAAUAUCUAGACCUUGAGUUGGAGAAACUCCUGGGUGUCCUCCUAGAGCACCAAAUUCAAGGAUAUAUCCGCUGCCUGCCAGUCACACUGUUGCACGUAAACAGCAAUAAAAACACCUCCAAGACUCGGAUUUCAGUUCUCUUAACUUCUCACCUUAGCAUAAUGGAAAAGCACUCCUCUGUUUUUGACUUCUGGCUUUUAAGGUUGAUCGUGUUCCAAGAAUUGCUGCAACUCUUGAUCAAAAACAUGGGCAUACAGCGAUUGGAGGUGUCCAGUCCACGUCAUCGAAAUCGACUUCUGCCCCUGCUAAGGGUCCUGCCUCUGCUGACAGCCUUACGUCUGCAGGAAAAUCACUUUAUAAACAUUGCUAAAGCGAUCCACAGCUUGAAGGAGCUAACGAAGGGGUCUGAGGAGACUUUGGAAUUUGAAAAUUUUAUAACCGAGAUUAGUACAUUUAAAUACGAGUGCGAGGAUGAAGAAUCGGCUGUGACAAAGGACGAGAAUUUUGUUGGUAAACUUAUUUCUCUUCCGCCAGGUCCACUGAGUCGUUGGCAAUAUGAGGCACUGAGAGAUCUUUGAUAGAAGGAUAAUACUACUAUAUAAAUUUAAUACGUUUUUCUAUAUCAUAUUAUAUUAUAUUUUA